AUGGUUUUCCAGGAUUCUACAACGAAGGAGGACUUUCUCACUCUUCUGCACUUGAAGGACAGAACAAGGGGUCAAAAAAAAUACGUAGAUGAAAAUUGUAUUCCCAUUCAGAAACUGGUGGCAAUCCCUACUGAUGGGGCUCCGGCAAUGCGCUCUGGUUUUAUAGCACUGUGCCGCAGUGAUCCUGCUUUUCCAGACUUUGUGAAUUAUCACUGCGUAAUUCAUCAGCAGGCCUUGGUUGGGAAAGUCGUGGACUUCUCUCACGUCAUGACCCUGCUGGUCAAACUGAUUAACUCGAUUCGAGCAGAAGCUCUCCAACAGCGUUUAUUCAAGGCGUUACUGGAUGAGCUUGAUGCCGCUUACGGAGACCUGAUUCUCUACGCUGAUGUCUGGUGGCAAACUGGAAAACUUCCCCCCUCCUUCACUGUCAGAGUUGGAGAUGAAGUCACUUUGCCUUGUGAAAAUGUGAAAGACGGUCAGCAAGAAUGUGAAAAUACUACAUGGCUCUUUGUUGGUUCAGGAAACACAGCAGCAGUAAAACUGGUAAAACUUGGGCAGAUUGGUGAAAACACCAAAGCUAAAUCAGACAGACUGAGUGUUACAGAGAACUGUUCUCUGGUUAUAAAGAAGGUCACAGAUCAGGAAGUUGGUCGUUAUCACUGCAGACAGUUCAUAUCAAAACAACAACAAGUUCCAGACUCUCGGGUUCUUCUGUCUCUUAUUAUCAUGACUGAACGUAAGGACGCUGAUAAGGUGACGUUAAACUGCUCUGUGUCAAAAUAUGAACAGUCCUGUAUACACACAGUGAAGUGGCUGUAUGAGGGUAAAGAUGUGGACAAAGAUAAAAAGACAUGAAGACAUCACAGUCU